GUCUAACCGACCGGUACGUGUACGGUUGCAGCGGUGUUUCGGAGCUGGGCGUCUGAGUAAGAUUGAAGCGGGCCGCGGGAUCCCUGUAAAAGCUUGCGCAGGGCAGGCGCAUCCUCAGUCGCAGAAGGCACCGCGACGCAGAAUGAGCACGACAGCACCGCUUCCCUGGAUAAUCUACCACGAGACGCCCACGCUGCUGUACGACGCCCAGCAUCUUGUGCCGUCUAAUUGUCUGCUGCCCUCUUCCGCCGCGCGCCAGGACGCUGCCCUUCCGCACUGUGCCGCUGGAGUGAUAUCGACACAGUUCGCAGUUGUUGCGCGACAGGUCAAGCACGCCUCACUCACACACUGAUGGUGCCCGCGGGCGUAUGGCCUCGCUGAGAGGCACACAGAGCCCCACAGUGCUCGCAUACCCUACAGCCUCGUAGGUGCAACGCGACAGCAGCCGCGCGUUCUUCGCGACGCCCAGCAUGGCGCCCUCACACAUGUUCUCCUACCUCAGGCCUGGCCACGCAAAGCGCAGUGCCCUGAGUCUGACCUCGCCAGACCCCGUGUCCAGCCCUACCAUGCGCCCCCAGUCGCAGGACGCCGACUACUUCACCUCGCCGCGCUUCAAUGCUCCCGACAAUGCCAGCUUCGCCUCCUCGUCGCCCAUAUCGCCGUACCCCCCGCAGCUGCCCCCCAUCACGCGCGUUGCCUCGCAGACCGAGAGCCAGAAGAAAGAGAGCAAAGCCUCCUCUGCGCGACCCAUCUCGCACCGCACCCAGUCAGCCUCCCAGUCGUCGACGCAUUUGUCCCCCUCGGUCAUCUCGCCAAGCUACGCCGCGCACUCCAAGUCGCAGACCUCGCUACUGCUCAGCGGCAUCAGUGAGAAGCUGACAGGCGGAUCCAAGGCCACCUCGACGCCCACAGCCACCAAGCCCAAGUCCCGGCUGAGCCUGCGCAAUCCCAUGUCGCUCUUAUCUCGACGGCGGUCAGGCCCGACGUUGGACCCACUGGCCGACGAAGCCCUGGUCACCCGCCGCUCGCCCACCGUGAUGCCGCCCAUGCCUGACAACUACGACCCCAGAAUCAGAGGCAACAUCGUGCACGACUUCAACGCGCCCAGACUCAACAGAACCCCAUCGUAUGAUGUGAACGGGGGUAGUUCGACACCACAGGAUCUGGACCGUGUCAGUCCACCAAAGAUUGAUAGAGCACAUACGCCUGUCUUCCACGAGCACUUUGACGAUGACACGAGCUUUGAGCAGUCGCAAGCCAAUAUCAGAGCCGAGCAACUGGCGAACAAAGAUUUCGUCGCCAGAAACUCUGUGCAAUUCCUUCCGCCCUCAUCCUCACCUCUGCUCCCACCAACCAUACCCGAGAACUCGCCGCCUGCUAUUCCACAGCUGUCUUCUUCAUCACCUCCACCACCGUACCAAGCCAUCGCUGUUACCUCCUCCAUUUUGUCUCCCGUUUACGAGGUUCAUAGUCCAACGGAUACCUCGCCCGACGCCACACCCAGGAAAAGGCAAUCUUCAAAAACAUUACCCCCCACACGGUCAAGGGCCACGUCAGUCACGGAUCCCUCGUGGCAACCGGCCGGACUGCCUGCUCAUCUGAGCAGUAGAGCCUCGAGGUUCAGCUUCCAAAUUCCUGGGAGCGAUUCCACGCAGGAGCAGGUAAUGGAGGAAAGACAUAAGCAGAAAGCCGCGGAAAAAGCCGCCAAGCAGGUCCACGUAUCCGCGCAAACGCUCGAGGACGAAUAUGACGAGUAUGGCAUGGAUGACUAUGACAUGGACGGCGGGUUCGAGGAAGACAUUCCUAUGCUUGGCGAGGAAGACGAGUUUGGUGGCCUUGGAGACCAGAGCAUGGAUACAGGCAUCAAUGCGUUCGAUUUCUCGACUCUAUCGAUUCAACCCAGCUUAUAUGACUCUAUGAGUCCGGCUGGACAGGCCCAGAUACCCCUUGACCUGAAUGGCAAUCCGAUUGGCUUCGCUGUGUCUGCAGAGAUGCUUCGGCAACUCCAAUAUAUGGUACCUGGUGGUAAUGAAAACACUCACGAGGCCCCGACUGAUGAGUCUUUUGAACCAGAAUUGGUUAGUAUUCAGCCUGAAACUCCACCCCAAACUAUGUCCUCCAGUGCACCCACAGACAACAAUCGAGGUCUCGAUGACUUCGACUUCGACGACGAUAUGUAUUUUGACGAUGGUUUGAUCGGAGAGCAGGAGGAAAAUGAUGCACCAGGGUUCGACGAGAACGUGUUUGACGACCCCGAUGGUCCACUGUAUGAGAGGAAAGCAAAGCCGCCUCCGGCUGAAGAUACGCAGAGUCCACUCUCAUCAAACGCCGUUGAAUUUUUCAGCGCAGAGCCAAACCACGAAGCAGAAGAUGACACUGUAUCCAAGCAUCUGGAAAAGUCUGAGCCUUCGCUCGCCCACAAGACGUCCAUUGCGCAACGGUCCGCCAUGCCCGAUCUGAAUGACAUUGGUGCAUAUCACAGUGCUCUUGCUGACGCAGCACACCGUGCUGAAGCCGAGGGCCGUUUCUCCAGGAAGUUGAGUGUCGAUACUCACCAGACGAGUGCAGAGGUUGAUACGUCUUCUUCACAGAGCGACUCACACCCGAGCCUGGUUCCGGAUGAGAGCCAGUAUAGUAUGAAUACGGCCAAUUACCCGUCAUAUGAUGAUGAGAUGAACUCUACUUUCAUGGACGAUUACGAUAUGGAUGAGUACGAUUCUGCCAUGGAAGAGGAUCCCAUGAUCGCAGCUGCCAAUGCUGAGGCGCUUGCAUUCGAUGAUGAAGGCUUCUACGGGAGCGAGUUCGGUUUCUAUGCGUCUGGAGUGGGAGACGCGCAAAACACCUGGGGUGGAUUCUUUGGUUCUUCCGGCAUCGGCCGCACGAUCAGUGGUCGUAACGCCGUGCGAGAGCCAUGUUUGACUCCCAUCACAGAGCGAAGCGAGUAUAGCACUCGCAACUCAUUCAUUGGUCUCAACCACUUCCGCGACGGGCAACAACCGCUGGCAAGCCCUGGUCUGGCACAACUUGCGCGCAUGAGUCCGUUUGGUGGAUGGACAGACGAAGAAGAUCUGACCCUAGACGCGCUGAGGAAGUUGAGGAAGGGCGCAUUUGGUGGCAGUACGGUGAGCUUGCCUAGCCAGCCGAACAGCCCACGCAACUCGUCCCCGAUAGGCAUGCAGUUUCUGCCUAGGGCGUCUAGUGCAGCGGGGAGCCGCAUAUGGGAACUCAACGAGAAUGAGCCAGUGAGCGAUGAGUCGGCCAACAUAUCGGACGACUACGAAGGCAACGAGCAAGACGACGAAGGGUUGAUGGAUGCCGUCAAUGCCGAUUAUGGUGACGAGUCUGAUAGCGAAGAGGACAGCGAAAAUGAGACACCAGAGAGCCCGACGUUCAGGAUGAGCAACAAUAACUCGCUCUCCAGUCCGGCUAGUCACAUCACAACGAACAUGCCGCCUCUGCUCCCGGCGGCGCAAGUCCAAGCCUACCAGGGCAUGUCCUUGAUGUCGUCUUUUGGCCUGCCUCUGAAAUCGGCUUCUAACACUCCUAUGCCCAUAUCGCCAUUCGCGAUACCAUUGGGCUCGCCUUUCCAAGGCCAACAACACCAUCCUGCGUCACCACCGCCCAUCGAUACUUCGCUCUCCUCCCCCUCGAGCGGACCGCGUCGCCAAUCUGUUGGGUUCGCAUCACCUAUCUCCAUGUCGUCGCCCUUGACGCCAAAUGGGAGUGGGUGGAGAGGCGGGCAUUCGAGGAACGGCAGUGGGGCGGACAGCGUGACGUAUGUGCGUGAGCACGAUGAGGCAGGGGAGGGGAGAUGGGUGCUUGAGCGGAGACGAACCGCCGAGAGUGGCGAGCUUGAGCUGAUAGGGAGGGAGAUUGUCGAGGGUGGGAGAAUAUGAAGCAGUUGGAUUGGUGUUGUGGUCUUUUUCUUACUAUUGCCCUUGGGCGUCUUGGAGACCGUAGUUGAUUUUUUCUUUAUUAGCGUGCAUUGUGGGCGUUUCGAUAAUUUGGAGGCUUCGGUAUGCGAAGAUGAGCAGUGGAUCAAGGCUGGUCCUCUGAGAUAUGAUAAUAGUCUUUUUAGAAAUGGCAAGAUGAUGUUGUUGCUACACAGCAUAACACGAGCCCUGCGGC